AUGGUGGUUUCCAGAAUUCCCCCGGCCCUGGGUGGAGGCUGUCUCAGGAUCCUAACCCCCCUUCUGCUUCUGGCUUCUGCAGCCUCCCUCCGUGCUGCCAGGAUACCUGCACCCCCAGCUUGUGGGAAGCCCCAGCGGCUGAACCGGAUCGUGGGCGGCGAGGACAGCACUGAUGCCGAGUGGCCCUGGGUCGUGAGCAUCCAGAAGAACGGAACCCACCACUGUGCAGGCUCCCUGCUCACCAGCCGCUGGGUGGUCACUGCUGCCCACUGCUUCAAGGGCAACCUGAACAAGCUGUCCCAAUUCUCUGUGCUGCUGGGGGCCUGGCAGCUGGAGAACCCUGGCCCCAGGUCCCAGCAGGUGGGUAUCGCCUGGGUGCAGUCCCACCCUGUGUAUUCCUGGAAAGAGGGCUCCCGUGCAGACAUCGCCCUGGUGCGUCUGGAGCACGCCAUCCACUUCUCUGAGCGAAUCCUGCCCAUCUGCCUGCCUGACUCCUCCGUCCGUCUCCCUCCGAACACCCGCUGCUGGAUUGCAGGCUGGGGGAGUAUCCAUGAUGGAGUGCCCCUGCCCCACCCCCAGACCCUGCAGAAACUGGAGGUUCCCAUCAUAGACUCGGAAGUCUGCAGCCGCCUCUACUGGCGGGGCGCUGGGCAGGGAGCCAUCACCGAGGACAUGCUGUGUGCUGGCUAUCUGGAGGGGCGGCGGGACGCCUGUCUGGGUGACUCCGGUGGCCCCUUGGCCUGUGAAAAGAGAGGUGUGUGGAUUCAGGUUGGAAUCGUGAGCUGGGGAUCGGGCUGCGGUAGCCCCAACUGGCCCGGGGUCUACACCAACGUCAGUGUGUAUUUCGACUGGAUCCAGACGCUGAUGCCUCGAGGUUUACAGGGCGACACGUUCAGGCUUCAUGCGCUGUGGCGGCCCUUGAGGCUGGAACUCCCCUUCUCCCUCUUCACAGUGAGGAAACUGAGGCCCCGGGAGGUGGCGGGACUGAGUCACCCCCCUCACCAGAGUUUUUGCCCGCCUCUUACUGCACACGGACCUGCCGGGCCCUACACGGAGGGGCCAGCAGAUCCCUGGGUGGCGAGUCCCCGGCCGUCUCCUGGGCAUGCCGUGGGGUCUCCUACAGCGUCCGUCCAUUUCCACUUCCACAACCCACCCUCCGAGGAGCUGGAACCUGAGGGCGCCUCCUGUCCCCUGCUCCGAGGCCCUCCAAGCUGGCCCCAAGAGGAUCACCCACCACCCUUGGUGUCCCACAUGUCGCUGGAGGAUGGCACUCUUCUGUGCCCUGCACCAGCUGCCCUGCAGCACCGCUCCGCGGGACCCCCUGGCAGGGCCGGGAUGGCCCCUCCAGCAGCAGGCCGAUAA